AUGGCUCGUGGGCCAGGAAAGGCCCGCGACUUCGACUAUUCGAACGUGGGGACUGCCGGACGACGGACCGGUAUCACCCUGAAGGAGGGGCGGCGCGAUGAGCAUGGAAUGGAGGAAGUGGAUGGUCUCUUCUCAUCCCCGGAGAAGUCGCCUACAAAGUUGAACGGGUAUGAAGAUGACGAAACUGACGAUUCUGCCGGUUCAGAAAUGUCUAUUGACGAAGGCAACGCGCCUGGCCCUAUGGACUUUCUCAAACCUUCGAAUCAUACGCGCACUUCUUUUCUGGCCCCGCCUACUCGAUCGUCUGCGAAGCGUUCUCCUCGAAAGUCCCCUGUGUUGCGAUCUUCUCCAGAGCUGGCGAAUGACUUCGUGUCUUCCAGUCCCUCCGAUGGGAAAGGCUUGAUUGAAUCGCGUCAAGAAUCUUUUCCUUUGUCCACUCGCUCAGUAAAUGCGGGCGUGCUCAAUCAAAAUAAUAAUGCGCGACAUACAAAGGCGCAGCUGGCAUCAGAACCGGUCGCUGUACACGAUUUUUCGGAUGGCGAGGGUGAUGAAAACGCAAAUUCGUUCGGACAGCUCCAACCCGAUUUUGGCGACAGCUUCGAGGUCGGCGACGAAACUAUUGUUCGCGGUGUCGAGGUGCCUGAGCAGGAUCUGAGCGCCGACUCGUCUCCACCUGCUUUGGCUUCGCGCAGGACAGACAAGACAACAUCAACCUCAAAAGCAGCGAAGAAAGGACCCGUGCCGAAACUUGCCCAAGCAAAUAAUGGCCAACCAAAGCGAAGAGGACGGCCUCCAAAAACCCAAGGCCCUGCCGAUGAUGAGGCUGGUGAUGCCAGGCCACCCAAGAAGCAGAAGACUUCGAGCGGGGAGUCUCAAACUACGCGUGAACCGUUAGACCCGGAGCUUGACCGGAUGGUUGAGAACUAUGCCCAGCGUUCAGGUCCACUGAAAGGACGCAGCUUGUAUAUUCUCAAGCGCGAGAAUCCCUCCGAUACCAGUGCCACACACACUCGCUCGGGCCGAGUAUCUGUCCGGCCUCUUGCAUACUGGCGAAACGAACGGUGCGUGUUUGGUGAUGGAGAAGCUGCCGAGGGGCAGCGCUUCCCACUCUCGACAAUCAAAGAAGUCAUUCGCACUGAGGAUGCCGAACCGGACCAGCAAAACAAGGGCAAGCGUGCUGGUCGAAAAUCCAAGAAAAAGAAGCAGAGGGACGAGUCGUCGGAUGAAGAGGAUGAAGAUGCCGAUAUUUGGGAAAAGGAAGGUGUUCUUCAUGGUUACGUACCCAAAUGGGAUCCCAAGGCACAAGCCAGCAGCUCGGAGGAAGAAGUUCUCGACAUUGCAUACGCUCCUUCUGGCAUUGAAACCAGAGAAGUCAAAGAUUCCACAUUCCGGUUCGCGAAGCUGCUCAGCUCUUCGUUCAUUGGGUCGGGUGUCGUUGAGCUUCCCCCCGAGGGUGUGAAGAAGCCCAAAAACUCGAAGAAGAUGCAUAUGGUCUUCUACGUUUGCCAUGGCCGUGUUCAAGUCGACAUUUCGGGUGUACAGUUUAGCGCCGGCAAGGGGUGCGUAUUCCAGGUCCCUCGAGGCAACUAUUAUAGCUUCAUGAACCAGCACAACAAAGAAGCUCGACUUUUCUUCACGCAAGGCUGUGUUCCAGGCGAAGGCGAGGGCGAGGCCUCUCCUACAUCCAAGAACGGUGUGCAGGAGAGCGAGUUUGAACCUGACAGCGGCGCUUCUGCUCCCCCGGCAAAGUCUCGAGGUCGGCCCAAAGGCAAACAAAAGGCCAAAUGA